AUGUUUUCUCCUAGGAAAGCUUUGAAUGCAGGUUGGCAGAAGCAAAGGAGGCACCAGGACAGCAAACAGCAAAUUUUUGGGGGUGUUCCCAUUCCCAAGGUCAUGGUAGAUGGAGGUGCAGCCAUUAAUCUUCUGCCUCACAGAAUGCUAAGCAAGAUGGGCAGAACAGAGAAGGAUUUGAUCCCAACACGCUUGACCGUCACCAACUUCGCUGGGGGCAUCACCAAAACUUAUGGGAUCUUAGAUCUAGAUGUCAUAGUUGGAAGCAAAAAACUAAAAAUUGCAUUCUUUGUGGUAGACACCUGA